AUGCCAUCCUCACCCGACACAAGACCUGCAGACGAGGCAGAAACCGCACCUUCUGCCGCGGAACACGAAGUCAAGAUUUCUGAAGAAGCUGUCGAAGAGACAGAUGUGCCAGAAGCAGAAGCCAAGAUAGAAGAAGAGGAUCCCACACAGGCCACAGGCGGGCAAAAAGACGAACCAACAAGGGAGAGCACGACAGGCGCAGAAGCACAAGAGAAGACAGAAGUGAAGACAGACGACACAGACAAGGAAAUACACGGGCCCUCGAUAUCAACAGACACUACAACCGCUGCUGAUGCCUCAGUAUCCCCACCACCAUUGCCUGACGAGCCCCUGCCCGACGAAGCAGUCGACGAAAAUGACGACGGGUGGGAUCCCAUGUGGAGCGGCGAGCACCAAGCCUGGUACUUUGUCAACCGGUUUACGCAGCAGACACAAUGGGAGAACCCGCGUGUACCAGAUGCACAGGGGCCGGGGGCCAGUGGGGGUGGCGCGCGGGGCGGCGUGGGCGGCUACAAUCCCGUCAUCCAUGGCGACUACGACCCGAACGCGUGGUAUGCCACAGGCGAGGCGGCGCCCGCUGACGCUGAUGCGUAUGCCGGCGCAGACGUGGACGGCGGUGACCCGAUUGCCGCGGCGGCGGCGGCAGCGGCUGCCGUGAUCCAAGACAGUGCUGGUGCUGCUGGCAGUCGCUUCAGCCACGGCAGCAAGGCCAGCCGGCAGCUCAACAACUACUUUGAUGUCGCCGCCGCCAACAGCGCCCACGACGGGCGCAGCCUCAAGGCCGAGCGGAGCGGCAUCAAGCCGUCCAAGUCCGAGCUCAAGGCUUUCAAAGAGAAGCGACGCGCGCGCAAGGAGGAAAAGCGGCGUGCCUGGCUGAGGGAUUGA